AUGGGUUCAAUGAAACUCAUAAAAGGAAAACCUGAGUAUAAUAAUAGUGAAGAUGACCAAACUGAAAAAGAGGAAAAGAAGGAACACAAAAAUGAACACAGUGAAAACAGUAUCGGUCAACACCAUACAUAUGACAAUAUAAAUGAAGUAGAAAACUGGAGAGGUCAAGGAAAGCCGGCAAAGUAUAUGAAACAUAAUUAUUCAACUCCAGAUAGAAGUAUUCUGUUCUACAAUGAUAACAGUAAAACUAAAAGUCCAAUAAUUGGUAUAUUAAGAAAUGGAAAUAUUCAAGACUAUUAA